AUACCAACUUGCUUGUGCUUUCUUUUGCUACCCCUAGAUUUUGUUACUUACUACAUUCCUUUUUCUAUUUGUUCGGUCAUAUAGACCUUGGUCUCGGAGUCUUUCGGUUCAAACUUUUUCGAUUCCUCCUAGGGACAUCUCCGCCCAUCUCAAUUGACGGCGGGGUUGGAACUACGCUAUGGGUGACGGUUCUGAUUAUCCUAGCCCACGAAGUGAAGGUCCCGGCGGACCUACCUCAGUUUUAGUCGCUACCCAGGAACCGCUUGUCGCAGCACCCAAGAUGAACGUGAACGAACAACUCCCACCCAAUUUCAUGGAAGGGGCGCGUCCGCGACUGUCGGUGAGGCGAGCGCGGGAUCCGCCCAAGAACUCUGCAGGCCAAAUCUACUGCGAUCACCCGGAGUGCCAACAAUCGCCUCCCACUUUUCGCCGUCCAUGCGAGUGGAAUAAGCACAUGGACAAACAUGACCGCCCCUACAAGUGCAUGGAACCCGGGUGUGACAAGAUCCAGGGAUUCACAUACUCAGGCGGUCUUUUGCGGCACCAGCGCGAGGUGCAUAAGAAAAACAUCAAUGCCAAGAAACCACUGAUGUGUCCCUACGUCGAUUGCAAUCGCAGUACAGGAAACGGGUUUACGCGUCAGGAGAACCUGAAGGAGCACCUCCGCCGUCGCCACAUGCAUACCGAGAAUGGUCCCGCACCAGAACUACCGCCCAUCCCGUCUCCGGAUGAUCUGGAAGACGCCGCAGCUCUUGGCGUGCCUCCUACCUUGAAGCGCAAGCGCAGUGCUAUCGAUGAGGAUCCUACCUUGGAUCUCUCCGAGGAUGGUGGGAACGGCGUCACUCUCCGGAACGAGCUGAAGAGACUGCAGCUCGAGGUCCAGGAAAAGGAUCGCCGGCUGGAAGAACUCGAAAGGAUUGUCGCUGGCCUGCAGCAAGCUAUACCGCAGACCGCGACCUCUCAAGGAUAGAUGCCCCCGAGGCAAAGACUCUCUACGAUUUACAUGUUUCUAACCCCCACCCCCCCAAUCCUCUUUUCUCCAUCUUGUCCGUGUCAUUCUUUAUCCCAGACACUUCCUUGAUGCUUGAAAUCUCUCUCUUUAU